AUUCACACUGGAGAGAAACCGUACAAGUGUGACCAGUGUGGAGCAGCUUUCAGUCGAUCAGGUCAUUUAAAACGUCACCAACGUAUUCACACUGGAGAGAAACCGUACAAGUGUGACCAGUGUGGAGCAGCUUUCAGUCGAUCAGGUCAUUUAAAACGUCACCAACGUAUUCACAGUGGAGAGAAACCAUACAAGUGUGACCAGUGUGGAGCAGCUUUUACUGCAUCUGGUUCUUUAAAAAGUCACCAUCGUAUUCACACUGGAGAGAAACCAUACAAGUGUGACCAGUGUGGAGCAGCUUUUGGUCAGUCAGGUGCUUUAAAAAGUCACCAACGUAUUCACACUGGAGAGAAACCGUACAAGUGUGACCAGUGUGUAGCAGCUUUUACUGGAUUUGCUGCUUUAAAAAGUCACCAUCGUAUUCACACUGGAGAGAAACCGUACAAGUGUGAUCAGUGUGGAGCAGCUUUCUGUCAGUCAGGUAAUUUACAAUGUCACCAACGUAUUCACACUGGAGAGAAACCGUACAAGUGUGACCAGUGUGGAGCAGCUUUCAGUGGAUCAGGUAGUUUACAAUGUCACCAACGUAUUCACACUGGAGAAAAACCAUACAAGUGUGACCAGUGUGGAGCAGCUUUUACUGAAUCUGGUGCUUUAAAAAGCCACCAUCGCAUUCACACUGGAGAGAAACCGUACAAGUGUGAUCAGUGUGGGGCAGCUUUCAAUCAGUCAGGUCAUUUACAAUGUCACCAACGUAUUCACACUGGAGAAAAACCGUACAAGUGUGACCAGUGUGGAGCAGCUUUCAGUGGAUCAGGUAGUUUACAACGUCACCAACGUAUUCACACUGGAGAAAAACCAUACAAGUGUGACCAGUGUGGAGCAGCUUUUACUGAAUCUGGUGCUUUAAAAAGGCACCAACGUAUUCACACUGGAGAGAAACCGUACAAAUGUGAUCAGUGUGGAGCAGCUUUCAGUCAAUCAGGUGCUUUAAAAAGUCACAAACGCAUUCACACCGGAGAGAAACCUUACAGAUGUGAUCAGUGUGGAGCAGCUUUCACUGUAUCUGGUGCUUUAAAAAGUCACCAACGCAUCCACACCGGAGAGAAACCUUACAGAUGUGAUCAGUGUGGAGCAGCUUUCACUGUAUCUGGUUCUUUAAAAAGCCACCAACGUAUUCACACUGGAGAGAAACCUUACAGGUGUGAUCAGUGUGGAGCAGCUUUCACGAAAUCUGGUGCUUUAAAAAGUCACCAACGCAUUCACACUGGAGAGAAACCCUACAGAUGUGAUCAGUGUGGAGCAGCUUUCACGAAAUCUGGUUCUUUAAAAAGUCACCAACGUAUUCACACUGGAGAGAAACCUUACAGAUGUGAUCAGUGUGGAGCAGCUUUCACUGUAUCUGGUUCUUUAAAAAGUCACCAACGUAUUCACACUGGAGAGAAACCUUACAGGUGUGAUCAGUGUGGAGCAGCUUUCACUGUAUCUGGUUCUUUAAAAAGUCACCAACGUAUUCACACUGGAGAGAAACCUUACAAGUGUGAUCAGUGUGGAGCAGCUUUCACUAUAUCUGGUGCUUUAAAAAGUCACCAAUGCAUUCACACUGGAGAGAAACCUUACAGGUGUGAUCAGUGUGGAGCAGCUUUCACUAUAUCUGGUGCUUCAAAAAGUCACAAACGCAUUCACACCGGAGAGAAACCUUACAGGUGUGAUCAGUGUGGAGCAGCUUUCACUGUAUCUGGUUCUUUAAAAAGUCACCAACGUAUUCACACUGGAGAGAAACCUUACAAGUGUGAUCAGUGUGGAGCAGCUUUCACUAUAUCUGGUGCUUUAAAAAGGCACCAACGUAUUCACACUGGAGAGAAACCUUAAAUGUGACAGGAGGAUGGUGCAGCUUUUAUUCAUUCAGGCAAU